GAAUGAUCUACAAUUCCAAGAGGUUCCGGGCUGCAACAGUAGCCGAUAUUAGCCCAUCCAACAGGCCCAGUUAGUAGUAUACGGGCAAAGCGGAACUCGAAGGAUUGGGCGGCCCACUUUCCCAAAGCAGCCAACGGAUGCGUCCAACGGAACGGAAACCGUGGAACUUUGCCCACUCGGGCUCCGUAUGCGGGCCGAAUCUCUCCCAGCGGCGGCGUUUUGGUGCGGAUUCCGAGGGUUUCAGCGCGGGCGCGGCAGAUGGAGAGCGCGUACGGAGAACGAGAGCCCUCGCCGGAGCAGGCGGAGAGCAAGGAGGUGAGGAUGCUGCGGGCUCUCCGGGAGGAGGAGGAGCCGCCCCAGGUGCCGGACGAGCAGCUGCGCUCCAACGACCAGCUCGGCAGCUCCAGCAAGACGAGAUGCUGACACUAGCGGCAAUCUAUGGAGACAAUAUCGGUAUUUUUGGUGAAAAGGAUGCACUGCGAUCUUUCCAGAUCCAUGUGCAUUAUGAAAUUCCAGAUGGUAUCGGUGUGUCUGCUGAAGUACUUCAGGGUGUUGAUGAUGACACGGAUAGUCAGUUCUUUCACACGUUCAGUAUCCGGCACUUGGCUCCAAUCCAGGGUUAAAAAACCAUCGGUAACCGCCCAAAAAUCGCGGUUACCGACCUUUUCGGUCCGGUCCGGUUUCAGAAACCGAACGGUAACCAAAAUUUAAAUUCAAAAAAUUCGAAAAAAAAAUCUUAAGAAAAACUAGACACAAUUCUAAGAACUUCUGUGAAUUUUUUUUUUCAAAAAUAAUAUCGUUUGCAUCAUAUUCUAUAGGGAGAAAGUUUGAAAAAAAUGAAAAAAAUUGAAGUGUGCGGCUCAGUUAUUAACUCAUGUUAAGGAAAAGUGUAACAUGCAAACACAUAUUUUUCUUGUAUAAAACGUAUUUUAAGAGAAUCUUUAAAAUUGAUUUCAUUUUAUUUAGAGUUUUAUUAAAUUCUCUAUGAUUUUUACAAAGUUCACAAGUAUAAAGUGAAUAUGUUAAGAAAUAGCACUAUAAUUAACUUUUUUAUGUCUACUAUUAUUUUUUCUACGUAAAUCAUAGUAUAAAUAAGCUAAUGAAAGUGGUUUCACUAAUUUUUGAGGUGUGAUGGGUCAGUUAUGAAUUAAUCUAGUCGUAACAUAUUUACAUAAUCAUGCAUGUUACAAUAACUAAUUCAUGAGUUCAUGUAUUUUUAAAAGAUAUAGGAUCAUGUAAGAAGACUAACAAAAUUAGUUUCAUGAUUUUUGGAUUAGCAAAGAGUAAACUAUGCAUUUAACUUGGUUUAAAAAAUACAAUUUCUCACAGAAAAUUUUGAACUUUUUUAUGAGUAUAAAUACUUUUAUCAUGUAGAUCAUGUUACAAGGAAGCCAACAAAAUUUGUUUCACUUGAUUUGAAGCUCAGAUGAAUUAGUUAUUGAUUUUACAAGUUUGAGCCUUUUUUUGGGUUUUUUUGAACUGCGCUGAAAUUCGAUAAAACCGCUCGAUAAAUCGAGAAAACCGAGCGGUUACUGAUCCAAACCGCUCGGUAACCGAUCAAUUCAAAAAUGCGAGAAAAUUGCUCGGUAACCGUCCCAAACCGCUAGGUAACCGAUCAAAACCGAGCGGUUACCGAAUAGCUAAAAUAGCGAUUUUUUUUCUUCCAAAAUUCAAAUUUUGCCAAAUGAAUUUUUUCCGAUUUUUUUUUAAAUUUUUAACCGGUAACCGCGGUUAUCGCGUAUUUUCGAUUACCGCCGGAGCUAGAUCGGUAAUGUAAACUCUGCUCCAAUCUCACUGACAUGUCUUAUGCCUCUGUCGUACCCGAGCCACCACCCUCCAUACUUUACUCUCAGUGUGCUAUGGUUGGUUGGUGUAAAAGUUUCUUCCCUUUGUCACAUGCUGGACUUAAUCUUUAGCUGUGAAUGUCAUAGAAGCGAUAAUUCUCUUGACAUGCUUCUGUCCUUACAUGUAACAAAUGGAGCUACCAACCCGUACUCUAUUCAAAAUCUAGCUAACCGCUAGUUACACCAAAUUUUCCCUUGAGUAUUAGCUGUGAAUGUUCAUUAUCAAACAGAAGCUCUAACAUGACAUGCUAAUAACAUGAAGACUUGGGAAUGCCAAGAACCAAGAUUGAU